UAUUUUUCUUCCUAAUCUUACCCCCACGUCCACAAAAGGACUCAUCUCUCUCCUCCCUCUCUCUCUGGAGAGAGAAGUGUCAUUUUCCCACAUAUACUUCUUCACACAAAAGAAACAAGCAUUCAUUUCAUACCUAGCUUAGCUUGUCAUUUAUUCUUUCUCUUCUCUUUCCUCUCUGAUAUCUCCCAAAACUUCUGCAACUACUCCACUCCUCAAGUUUUUCAUCAUCAAUGAAAUGAACCUCAUUUGAGUAAAGAUCAAAACCACCCAUCAUAUAUUUAUAAAAUCUUUCUCAUCUACACUUGUAACAAGGACUGAUCAUACUUCAUACAUCUCCUACAAGCAUUCUUUUGAGAUCUUUCAACAGUACUUAAGGAUCAAGAACCAGACUUGGUUGUUUCAUAAGGAUCAAGAAGGUAAAGGCUUGUUUGUUUGGGUGAACAAAAGAGGGAGAUGGAGCUCUUUCCAGCACAACCAGACUUGUCUUUGCAAAUCAGCCUGCCAAACAGCAGCAAAGGAGCAUCAGGAGGUGGAGGAGGAUGGAGAAGAACAAGAACUGAAGAAGAUAAAGAUGGCAUGGAUUUAGGCUUCUGGAAAAGAGCUUUAGACAACUCCAAGAACAGCUCAUCAUCACCCAUCUUUAAUUCUUCAGUCUUCUCAAAACCCUCUGAUACCAACAACACUGCUGCAAAUUCUUGUUUUGAUCUCUCUCUGUCAAAUCCAAGCUCAGCUUCUUAUCAAAAGCCAGUCAAUAACAACAUCAUUUCCACCCAACAAAACUUCCAUAAUCUCCUCCAAAACAACAACAACCAUCUUCUUCACUACACCAAUUUUAACCAACACAAUUACCAACAAGGCCACCAAAACAAUAUUCUCCACAACAAUCACCAUCACUUGUACAACCAAAAUCAUCAGUAUCAGGGAGGGAGAGGCUUAAGCUCAGAUGAGCUUAUGGGUUACUUAAAACCCAUUAGAGGAAUCCCAGUUUACCAACAACAAAACCCUCCCACUGCAACCACCACUCCUUACCUGAAUUUUCCAUUUGUGCAACAGCCUUGCUCUCUUGAUUCAACUUCAUCUCUCUCAUCUACUUCCCCUACUACUCCAAACCCUAGUCAUGACAGCUUCCAGUCUCAGGUAGGGUUCAUGAGAUCAAGAUUUCUUUCCAGGUUUCCGGCUAAACGUAGCAUGAGAGCCCCGAGGAUGCGAUGGACUACAACGCUUCAUGCUCGCUUUGUUCAUGCUGUUGAGCUCCUUGGUGGCCAUGAAAGAGCCACACCAAAAUCAGUUCUUGAACUCAUGGAUGUAAAAGAUCUCACCUUAGCUCAUGUAAAAUCCCAUUUACAGAUGUAUCGAACUGUGAAGACAACUGAUAGAGCUGCAGCUUCUUCUGAUCUAUUUGAAAAUGGUUCAUCUGGUGAUACUUCUGAGGAUCUGAUGUUCGACAACAAUAUUCAGAACCCAAGAAGGUCUCAUGAUGAUGAUUCAUCUCAACAAGGGAAAUCCAAAGCUCCCCACUUGGAUAAGGAUUAUCAAGGCCUCUGGACUAACUCAUCUUCAAGCAGGGAAGCUUGGUUGCAUGGGAAGCAAAUAGAUUGUGGAGAUAACAACAUUCCAUCUCAAGAUCAGGACAUGGAUGGGAAGUCUUUAAGCAGCUAUGAAAGAAUAUCAGAAGCAAUGAGUUCAUCAAAUGCAGCAGAGACAAACAGCACUCUAUUAUUCUGCCCAAAGAAGAAGCCUAAUCUUGAGUUUACAUUAGGCAGGCCACUCUGUUAACAGAGUUGUACUAGCUAGCUCUUAUAUAUAAGCUUAUAAAUAUUGAUGUUACUCAUUUUGAAAUAAUCACAAAGUUUUAAUGGGAAGCUAGUGAAGAGAAUCAGGUACCCCACUGGGGAAAGAUUAGAGAUAUGGGAAAAGGAAAAGAGGGGGAAAGGAAAGGAAAAGAAAGGGAGGCCUAAAGAAAGACGAGGAGACAGGGAAAAAAAAGCAAGAAAAAGUAGAAUUUGAUGGAGUUGGAAACCAAAAAAGCAGCAUCAUUGAAUUGAAUUCCUUCACAGUUGCUCUCAUCAAUCAAGUUAAGCAAGUGUUUUGAGUGAGAUAGAAUUGUAUUAGCUGAUCAUUUUCCUAAGUAAAUAUCAUUAAUUUUUGUAUGUUAUUCCUCUUUUAAUUAAAGAGGGAGAAAGGCCUCUAAUUUGAAACAAUUUGUUACAACUAUAUCAAGUGUUUUUUGCAA